AUGGUAGUUUGGCACGUUCAGAAGCCAUGGCUGAAGCAGAAUUUGCCCUAUCGAUCUGCAAACUUCCCACUUCUGGGCUACAACAGCGCUGGAGGAGGAAAUGCUUGGCGAGCAAGAAGACCUCCACAGAGCGUGCCCGCAAAUUACCAGGUAGAUGUGAACGAGCGGUACUUUGGCACGGUGAUCUUCUACCACAAGUACCGGGGUUAUGGGUUUAUCGAGGCGACCGAGGCCGACAUCCCCACCGAGAAGGUCUUUGUUCAUUGGAAGCAGAUCUCGAGCGAUGAUCGCUUUCCAUUUCUGGUCAAGGGCUUGGAGGUGGAGUUUAGCUUGAUGACCUGGAAGGAUUGGCAAAGAGGUUUGAAUACUUUGCGCGCCAAGAAUGUGACCCUUGUGGGUGGCUUGAAUGUUGCCCUGCAAGAUGAGCUUGAUGCCAACGAGAAACUCUUCGUUGGUGGUCAGCACUUGAGAUACACUGGCACCUUGAAGUUCUACUCGCCAAGGCACGGCUUUGGGUACGUCAUCAUGGAUCAAGGCUAUGAUGUGGAUCCAAGCGUCCCUGGUGAACUGCGAGUGGACCAUGAAGAGGUCAAUGCAGCAGGGCAACAACCUGUGCACAUGCGAAACAUCGCUGUGGAGUUCGGCAUCUACAGGAAUGAGAGGGGUCAGUACAAGGUCUACAACAUGACUUUGCAAGGUGGACAUCCUCUCACACAGGAUGCUUUGGAGAAUCGAAUAUCCAUGGGCAUUGGGACCUACAGAGGUGCAGUGGCAUUUUGGAAUUGGAGGCAAGGAUAUGGCUUCAUUCGGCCAGAUCCAUCCACCAUUUUGCCCGAGAAGGUGAUGGCUCGAUUAGCCGAGCAAGCUGAAGCUGCUCGACGGCGAGGCAAGCGCAUUGCUGAGGACAGCCUUCUGUACUUCCGCAAGGCAGAUGUGUCACCAGACCUGAACCCCAUCCAGGGCACGCAGGUGGGGUUCCAGGUCUACGUGGACGACAAGGGGGCCGGCGCUUGCGAAGUCACGCGGUAG